AUGAGUCUCCAGCAACUCUUGGAGCUUAAGUUCUCCACCUGGAAGCCACCACCUCCAGCAGUGGAGGGGAGAACGAGCCGUGACGUCACUCUCUCCUUCUGCGCUGGUCCAUACAGCUGCUUGGACGACAAGCUGUUUUAUAAAGUGGAAAGGAAGGAAAAGAUACCUCCCUGGGUGAUUGUUUAUAGUGGCGGCAAAACCACGAAAACAAUAGACAACCUAGCGCCGUGUCAUCCGCAUAGAUUUCGACUGCAAGUCAUAGUCAAGGCCUCAGCUGUCUCCAACUUAGCCGAGAGAAUGCUUGCUCGUUACGGCGACGAGGUUGCGGUACGGAACCUUGUAGAACAGAUAGAUGAAGAGAAACUUCAGGCUCAUGAAACUCUUAGGAAAUCAGAUAAAGUAGCAAAGAAAGAAAAAUGGCUGGAGUCCUUAUGGUCCGAGGACACCUGGACCAGCACUGACUCCGACGGCACCUCGGCAGUCGGCUUCUGCAUGGCCGUGCGAUGCGGAUACCUCAAGCAGGUACAGCAAAUGCUGGAAGAGCGUCCGCAGCUGAUAUCCGUUAUCAACAACAACAACGGGUACACACCUCUCGCGACCGCCGUGCGGAAAGGUGACGUGGGCAUGGUGAAGUACCUGGUGUCAGCGGACGCCGAGCUGGAACAGCGCUCCUCCACGGGGCAGACGCCGCUGCACCUCGCCGUGCUGGCUGGUCACAUCGCGGUGGCCGACCUGCUGCUGGAGAAAGGCGCUGAUUUCCAGGCAGUCGACUUUAACCAAAUGCGUGUGGAGCACUACGCAGUGGACUCCUGCAAGCUGGACGUCGUGAGGUUCGUGCUUGACCGCGGCGGUGACGUCGGCGCGAGGGACAGCAACGGCUGGACGCCUUUGCUCAGAGCCGUGUGUCAGGGAGCAAAGACAGAAGUGGUGGAGGAGCUGGUGCGGCGCGGCAGCGACGUGGCGGCGGCGGACAAGGCGCAGCUGAGCGUCUCCGCCGCUGCAAGACUCUUGAAGGACAGGCAAGGUCAUCGCCGCGAGUCCGUGCUGCGCCUUGUGGACAGCACAUACCAGCACGAGAAGGUGGUCGCUAGCUUCACGCGACUCACCAAGAAGAUAUCCAGCGUUCACAACUUGCUGAAGCAUUAA